CACUGGGAAUUUCCAGCAAGGAAGUCAAGUUUUAACAAACACCGAGGAACAGAGACUGUUACUGUGUUAGCCAAAUGACUCGAGACAUAAGACUUGUCUAACUUAAAAGCAGUGUUCAUACGUGUAUUCGCUGCUACAUAUAAAAAGCAUUUCUGUAUUUUCCUAUCAAACAUACGCACGUUUUGAUCUCGCCAAAUGCAGAAGACUGAAACGGCGCCUUGUAGCUAACUCAGCUAUCAAGUAAGCAAGCCAGCUGUCCGCUUGAACGGAGUUGUCAUCUACCAAACUAACCAACCAACUUCUGCGCUAGCAGCAUAAACCUGGACUAAGUGUAACCCGAAAAGGCACCAUGGCAGAGGAGGACCCCUACCUCCAAAGUCAUUUCUUGGAACCAUGGAUUGGAAUGGAUGCGCUGAGUUACCCACCUAUGUCACAUGCCAGCGCCCUUAGGAUAGCAGAUGGGCCUUAUCUUCAAAUCAUAGAGCAGCCCAAACAGAGGGGGUUCCGGUUCCGCUACGGGUGCGAGGGGCCCUCCCACGGCGGGCUCCCGGGAGCUUCCAGCGAGAAGAACAGGAAGUCCUAUCCGCAGGUGAAGAUAUGCAACUACCAGGGCAUGGCCCGCGUGGUGGUCCAGCUGGUCACCUUCUACAAGGACACGCACCUCCACGCCCACAGCCUGGUGGGGAAGCAGUGCGACAAGGGCAUCUGCAUCGCCGACCUGCAGCCCAAGGACUCCUGCAUCAGCUUUCCCAACCUGGGCAUCCUCCACGUGACGAAGAAGAACGUGAGCAAGACUCUGGAGGAGCGCAUGACGGAGGCCUUCAGGAUGGGCUACAACUGCGGCGUCGUCAUCCACCCGGAGAUAGACUGCCUGCAGGGGGAGGUCCGCCAGCCGCGGGAGCUCACAGAACAUCAGAAGACUCUGAUAGCCAGUGCUGCGGUGGCUCAGGCUAAAGAGAUGGAUCUCAGCGUUGUGCGUCUCAUGUUCACUGCCUUCCUGCCGGACGGCGACGGGGGCUUCACCCGCCGGCUGGACCCUGUCAUCUCAGACCCCAUCUACGACAGCAAGGCUCCCAACGCGUCCAAUCUGAAGAUCGUGCGGAUGGACCGCACGGCGGGCUGUGUCACCGGGGGGGAGGAGGUCUACCUGCUGUGUGAUAAAGUGCAGAAAGACGACAUCCAGGUGCGCUUCUACGAGGACGACGACACGGGGCUGAUGUGGGAGGCCUUCGGAGACUUCUCCCCCACGGACGUCCACCGGCAGUUUGCGAUCGUCUUCAAGACCCCAAAGUACCGUGACCAGAACCUGCAGAAGCCCGUCUCUGUGUUUGUGCAGCUGAAGAGGAAGUCUGAUAACGAGACCAGUGAACCCAAGCCCUUCACCUAUCACCCACAGAUCAUUGAUAAAGAGGAGGUGCAGAGGAAGAGACUGAAGACGCUCCCUAACCUCCAGGACUUCGGUCCCCCGGGUGGAGGUGGGGGUAUGUACCGGGGGGGCGGGUCAGGCUCUGCCCCAGGAGGUGGUCCCGGCACUGGAGGACACUACUACCAGGGCUACUCCACCUAUGGGAACAACAACUACGGGACGGGCUACCCCUUCCCCCACGGAGGGGGCGGAGCCGGCAUGAAGCACGCCUCUCAGGGUCCGGCGGGGGACGCUGGCCAGGACAGCGACGGGGACGACGACGAGGACCCGGGCGUGGGAAGAGCGGAGCAGAUCUGUGACAGGGCGGGGUCACCAACGGGGGCGGAGCCAGGAGAAGAGACCAGGCCCAGGAGAGAGCAGGCUCUCUGUGAGCUCCCGGAGGGGCCGGCCCAUGAGCGGCAGCUGGAGCAGCGAAUGGUGGAGCUGGCUCAGAAGCAGGCGCAGGCGCUCUUCCAGUACGCCAUCACGGGCGACAUCCGCACGCUGCUGGCCCUGCAGCGCCCGCUCAUGUCCGCCCAGGACGAGAACGGAGACACCGGUUUGCACCUGGGGGUGAUCCACAGCCAGACUGAUGCGGUGCAGAGUUUAUCUGAGGUCAUCUCGGCCCUCCCGGGAGAGGAUGUGGUCAACAUGAGGAAUGACCUUUACCAGACCCCCCUGCACCUGGCAGUCAUCACGCAGCAGGAGGAGGCGGUGGCGGCGCUGCUGGCCGCCGGCGCCGACGCCGGCCUGGCCGAUCGCCACGGCAACACGGCCCUGCACCUGGCGGCCCGCCAGAGCGACGGGAGGAUGACGGGACUGCUGCUGAAGCACAGGGACGCCGCCCGGCUCACCGACCUGCCCAACGCCUCAGGGCUGUGUGCGCUCCACCUGGCUGUGCUGGAUAACAGCCUGGGCUCUGUGAGGGAGCUGCUGCAGGGCGGGGCCAACGUGGACGCGCGGGAGCUCAGCUGCGGCCGGACGCCGCUGCACCUGGCCGUGGAGCUGGAUAACGUGUCCCUGUCCGGCUGCCUGCUGCUCGAGGGAAACGCACACGUGGACUCCUGCACAUAUAACGGCUCCACCCCUCUCCACAUCGCCGCGGGGCGCGGCUCACUCAAGCUAACGGCUCUCCUCAUGGCUGCAGGCGCCGACCCGCACAUGCAAAACGGCGAGCCUCUGUACGACACCGAGGACGAGCCGUGCGCCGAGGAAGAAGAGGACGAGGGCUUCGUCCCGGGCACCACGCCGCUGGACAUGGCCGCCUCCCCUGAGGUUUAUGAGAUUCUGAAUGGUAAACAGUACCAGCCUGACAUCACCUCUAUGGUUCUGCCUCCACAAGGCGACCUGCAUAAGCUGGGCCAGGAGCUGAAGCAGAAGCUGUGCAACGCCCUGGAGCAGCCCCCCCAGAGCUGGGAGAGCCUAGCCAACGCGCUGGGCCUGGGAAUCCUCAACAGCGCCUUCAGGCUGAGCCCCUCACCCGCACACACGCUGCUGGACAGCUACGAGGUUUCAGGAGGUACCGUGACGGAGCUGCUGGAGGGGCUGAAGGCGGUGGGAAACUGCAGCGCCCUGGACGUCCUGCAGGGGGCGCUGGGCAUGGCCGGGCGUCAGCCGGAAGAGCCCUACGACGUGCGGACGGAAGCGAAACUUGGCGGCGCACCCCUGUCCCAGCAGGUGCAGGGCCUGAAGGGGGAUGAUCCGGAGGAGGGGGGAGCAUUCGACAGCGGGGUGGAGACGUCCUUCAUGAAGCUGAGCCUCAGCAUUUCGGGGUCCCUGUGCGGGCCCCCCGAGCCGAGCGAGGGCCCCGGGCUCGCGGUGGAGGGGGAGGUAUAACGCAGGCCCCGCCCCCCCCUCGCUAUAGCACCCGCCCACCCACCCACCCACCGCCUCCUCUCAGCGCCCGGGUGGAGGGCCGCAUCCCCACGGAAACGGAGCGCACUCGGACGCGGCCGUUUCUGACCAAGCAUUCCUCUGUCCAUCUCCCACAGAAAAAUCCCUCCCUCCCCCCACCCUUUAUACUGCAACCAUGGUUAAGUGCUCCCAAACUCUGGGAUCAACAUACCCGAAACCAAGACAAUCUAAGGAAACAGGGUGUACUACUGGCAGGUUUAAAAAAAAAAAAAACUAAAAAAAAACAGUGAAAUCUGCGUGACUUCGGUUUCUCCUACACUUGGAAAGUACCCUUCACACCAGCAGUCAUUGUUAAAUUAGUGGGCAGGAAACUUAAUCUCCGUUGGUUUACCAUGAAGUCAUCACAGCAAAGAAGAGGGACCCUCUCUUCCCCUCCCUCGGUGUAGAAGUUGAAACGCACGCACACCCCCCAACUCCCGAGGGAGGGAUGGAACAGGCCCGUUAGGAUAACGGCUCCAUGCGUGUAAGGGACCGGAGGUGCUGCGGCAGCCAGUACAGGAAGCCACAGCGAUCAACUUCCUGCCAAAGACAACAGGCCCUCGAGCGGAGAUCGCGUGACUGAGGCCCGGUCGUCAGGGACGUCGGACACAGCCGCGUCGCGUCCCCAACGGCGUCCACCUCGCCGCGGAUGUUGGUUCAGUUGCGGCUUCACGGACAAUCAAGCAGCCUCUCUCUCAUCACCGAACAAGCCAUUCAACGCACUUACUCCGUCAGAAGAAUGGCCUUGCAUCAGAUCACUCUGACGUCCAGUGUUCUUUUGGAACGUCGAAGAUAAAAUCCAAAGAUUAUGGAACAUAGACAAAAAAAUGCUCUGUUGUACUAGUUUUAUGCUAUUGUGACUUUUUUUUUUUUUACUUGUCCCCUUAUCUGUCGUGUUUAAAGUCUGCCACUAUGCAUUUUAAAAAUGAAUGUGUUUUUUUUUUGGGUUGUUUUUGUUGUUUGUUAAUUUCGACUCAGUGGCGUAUUUGUUACUACCUUUAAACUUGCUCCAGCUAGUAGUUGGAAAAAUGGUACUCGUGUAAAGUUUUUAAAAGUGUGAAGCUUAACCGACCAGCUUGUACAUCUGGAGGUUCAAUGCAGUUUCUUAGUCUAAGACUUUAGGUUUUAUCUGUCAUUUGAAAUGGACUAUGCAGUGCAGUAGAGAAACCACAGAAAUGCUUAUUCAUAGUAAAUGAACCUGUGUGACAGGAAAGAUUUAAACAAGGAAAUAUGUACAGUGUGCUUCCCUGACGAUGAUGGAACAUUAACUUUCAGGGAGGAGUCCUGUCUAGAAUAAUAAAAGUAUUGCAUUCUUUAAAAGCUAAAGAAACAGCAUUGCUGUAAAAUGUAAAUUUAACCCAACGUUUUUUUUUUCCACACUGACACUUAUUUUCUUGCUUCUACUGAAAAGAAACUAACAUACUCUGCACUAUGAUCUAUCAGGCUAGCAUAUUUAUACUUGCGCUUUGAAAUUCCACUUUGUAUGUACAUAUGGAGGCAUUGGCAAAUGGCAAAGUCCUGUUUGUUGGCUUUUUAAUUGGCUGAUUGUAAUACUUUUAUAAUAAAAUUCUGAAAAGUA